AUGGAGGUGAAGGUGAUGAGCUCUAGGCUUGUCAAGCCGUCCUAUCCACCAGGUGUGCCACAACCAGACACCACCGAGCAUGUGCCUUGUUCGGUGUUCGACAAGAUCACAUACCACAUACAGAUGGCCAUCAUCUACGCGUUCUCACCGCCGGUGCCCUCCAUCGCCGACAUUGAGCAUGGCCUUGCCGCCGUGCUGGGUGUGUACCGGGCGUUCGCUGGCCAGGUCCGUCCGGGCCCGGAUGGCGAGCUCGGCGUGCUGCUCAACGACCAUGGCGCGCGACUCAUCGAGGCGUCCGUGGACGCCCACCUCGCUGAUGUUGCACCAGCGAAGCCAUCGCCUGACGUGCAGCUGCUGCACCCAGGGUUAGAGGCCGAGAUCGAGGAGGUGGUGCAGGUGCAGCUCACGAGGUUCACAUGUGGCUCACACAUGGUGGGGUUCACCGCGAACCACGCCGUCGCCGACGGUCGUGCCACCAGCAACUUCCUCGUCGCAUGGGGUCGCACCGUGCGCGGGGUCCCGAUCGGCCUGCCGCCGCCCCUGCACCACCAACCAGGGCUCUUCCCACUCCGAGACCCGCCGUGCCUUGAGUUCGAGCACCGCGGUGUGGAGUUCUACCGCCCGACGACGCCGGCAUCAUCCCUCCUCACGGCACACGGUGAGACGACCUGCCACGACAUCGUGAUCCACAAGGCGCACUUCACCAAGGCAUUCAUCGCCGCGCUCCGCGCCAAGGCAUCAGAAGGCCGCGGCCACCCUUUCAGCCGGUUCGAGACCAUCGUCGCCCAUGUGUGGCGUGCCAUGACGCGCGCACGGGGCCUCGGUGACCCGUGCCAGGCGUCUGCCAUACGACUCUCCGUCGACGGGCGGCCACGCCUCGGAGUGCCAGAGGGAUACUUUGGCAACCUCGUGCUCUGGGCAUUCCCGCGCACCACGGUUGGCAACCUGUUGACACAGCCGCUAACCCAUGCGGCGCAGGUGAUCCACGAUGCGGUGAAGCAGGUGGACCGUGCCUACUUCCAGUCCUUCGUGGACUUCGCGAGCUCCGGCGUGGUGGAGGAGGAGGGAUUGGAGACAACAGCCGUGCUCAACAGGGACGUGUUGUGCCCGGAUCUAGAUGUGGAUAGCUGGCUAACGUUCCCAUUCCAAGAGCUAGACCUGGGCACCGGCGGCCCGUCCUACUUCAUGCCGCCCUACAUCCCCACAGAGGGGAUGUUUUUCCUUGUGCCGUCCUGCCUAGGUGAUGGCAGUGUCGACGCCUUCGUGCCUGUGUUCAAGCAUAGCCUUGAGGCCUUCAAACAAUGCUGCUGCUCCGUGGAGUAG